AUGGAUGAUGAGUUAGACAGUGACUACAAGGAAUAUGAUACUGCACAGGGAUCAGAAGAAGAGAAACAAGAAAUUCUGCAAGGGAGCUCAACUUAUAAAAGAUUAAGACCGAAGAGGAAGUGCACAAGGAACAUUCCAACUGACAGAGAUGAAGAGUCAGCCUGGAAGAAGUGUAAAACUGAGGAGACAGAGACACCUCAGCUCUUCCCCUGUCCUACCUGCAGUAAGGGCUUCAAAUCACAGAGCGAUAUGCAGAUUCACAUGAGGAAUCACACAGGAGAAAAGCCGUUCUGUUGCCCUUUCUGCAAGAAGGCGUAUCCCCGGCGGAAGACCAUGUACCGCCACAUCCGUGAUCAGCAUCCCGACCAGUGGCAGCGGGGGUGUUUCCCGGCCAGACGGUAUCGCACAGCCAUCAACCAAGCCAUGAAGGACAGCCUGAGACAGUGGAAAUUACAACGCAACACACCUUCAACUGAUGCUGUGGCUGGCACUGAAGGUUCAGCUGGCACAGGUGUAGAAGACCAAAGUAAGGUGUCACAGCUGACCACUCCACCAACUACUCCGAGUAAACAGCCACCAUACGAUGCUACUUGCGGAAAGUACAAGAAGAUUGCCCCCGCCCCUCUAAAGCCCCAACUUCCUGUCGUCGGACAGAUGCCCGUGUCCACUCCCUCAGGAGUACAGCAGCAGUUUUUCCUGAUCAACCCACAGACAGGAGUGGCUGUCCCCAUCAACCUUGCCGCAAACACGUCCACAGAUCCUGCAGCAACCAACACAGCUUCAGCAUCUAUUGCCAUGCCAGCCAAUCCGCAGGUUGCUGUACAGACUUCCUCACCACCUGUUGCCAUGGCAACCAAUCCACAGGUUGUUGUACAGACUUCCUCACCAUCCAUUGUUAUGCCAACCAAUCCACAGGUUGUUGCCAUGCCGACAGUAGGAUCUGCAUCAUUCACACAGGCAACACCAACGCUGACGACUCCCACAACCCCUGUGGUACAGCACCCUGUCCUGGCCACGAUGCUGCCUCCAGCUCAACAAGCAAACGUUGCUAUGGCAACAGCACCCAGGGCAUCACUUCCCACCCAACAGGCAGUGCCACAAUUUGUCGUGACAACACCGCCUUCUUCACUCCCACCACUCAACCAAACGUCACAGGUUGCCACGACAACUGCCACCAUGGCAACCGUUCCAACCCCAUCCACCCCAGUCCUCCAGCAGGUUGCCAUGCCAACGUUUGUCCCAGUGCAGUACCAGGCAACAUUUCCGUCUCAAGCUGCCCCCAUGGUUCAACAAGCUAUUCUGCCCAAAGUGUUCCAGGCACAAAAUCAGGGACCACCGGCAACUGUUGCCAUGACAACAGGCCCAUCUUCACAGGUCGCUAUGGGAACCAGAAGUCCAGUCAUUCCUGCAGUUCCGCCUGCUGUCAUGCCGAAACUGUUGCCAGCACAGAACCAACCUGCACAGGUCGCCAUGACAGCAACAGCCGUAACGCCAGCUCAUAAUGCUCCAAUGAUCCAACAGGUUGCCAUGCCAACGUUUCCUUCGGUGCAGAAUCAACAACCACAGGUUGUCAUGACAACGAUGACACCAUCAGUUGUUCCUGUACAAAGCAUACGUCCACAGGUUUCCAUGGCAACAGCUCCAAACAUUCCACCUGUUGUCAUGACAACCGUUCGAUCCUUGCUUCCAGUGGGAAACCGACCACAAGGCAUUCCCAUGGCAACAACCAUGACAACUGCCUCAUCACAGUCUACCAUGGCAACGGUUGUCAAGACUGAAAGCAUCCAGCCAACCGUUACGUCAUCACUCUCUGCUCCAUGGAUUUCUGUUGUGCCAAUGUCCAACACAUCUCAGUCGUCCUCUUCUGUUCCCUCUGUUGUCAUGGCAUCACAGCCUUCCUCCUCCAUCGUCACAAGUUCUGCAGCUGAGCUGAAACCAGUGCACCCGACGGGUCACAUUCUCACCACAGCUGCUUCCUCGUCAAACAGCUUCGCAACCCCCUCACCAUCAAGUAAUGUUCCAACACAAUCACAAACAAUGUUGUCACCUUCCCUUGCAAAGAACAUGCCUUUGUUAACUCAACGUAUGCUUGCUCCAAAACACAGUGUUCCCCAAUCAUCAUCAUCUACGGCUGUGACAAAUGCAAUGCCUGUGCUGCAGAUACACAAUGUCACUUUGACAAGCACUUCCUCCCAGACAACCUCCCAAAACAAUGUCCAGUCUUCAGUUGCUAAGCAACAAGCUUCCCCAGUAAUGACAGUGACCACACAAACUGGAAAGGGGAAUGUUCUUGUAGCAGGUCGAAUCUCACAACCACCACCCAGCCGUCAUCAAGCCAAUGUCAGAGGAGGAACACAAAAUGAUGCAUUUCUUCCCAAUCUCGAUGUUGAUUCUGACGAAUAUUUUAUCGCUGGUGACAAGGCCAGGUCUUUGAUUCAUAACACACAAGGUCAAACAUUGAAUCAGAAAUCAAAUACAAGUAAGCAGAAAAUGCCAGCGACAACAACUACAUCUAUUUUACUGGAAUCUAAUACUGUUCCUGCAAGCACACAAAUCUCCAAGUUUCGUCCGAUCCUACCAAGAACACUUGAGAGUGCUCUCAACAAAGACACCGGACAGUACAGGUCUCUAACUACAGACGUCUUGGAGAGGAACAACACCUGCUCCUUGUGUGGGAGCAUGUUAAGAAGUUUACGGUAUCUUAUCAUGCAUCUCUUCAAGUUUCACCAGCAUUACAAGUGCCGGCUGUGUGCACCCCGAGUUACUGAGACGUUUGCCACAGAACAGCUGUUAAAGAACCACCUCCUUCACCGACAUUGGCCAAGCCAGAAUGUCCCUAACAAGGAGCUUGAAUUAACCGCAAGGCGGUUACACUAUCACUUCAAGAGAGCAUGUCAGGCAGUGAAAGCCGUCCGUGCGAUUGGUGACCCCGUGGAGGUUUCGGAGAUUACAAGUUCUGAGAUAAUCUUCAAUAACGGAGAUACACUGAAGUACAGAGUCAACUACAACAUCCUGACUCCCGGCAAGUUCAUGAACGAUGGAGACAUCACAGUGAGGAAGACAAGCCAAAACUCCCUCAGUAUCACUUGCAUCUUCUUCCAUACAAGUAGUGUUUUGAAAGGGGGGAAUGCCGAGACGGCUGAGCUUGCACCAAAAGGCACAGUACACCCCGCAGCAGAUGGACAGUCCUCACAAAAAAACAGACUGGAGGUCUGGAAAACAGCCGUGCAGCCCCACCUAAUGUAGCAGUUCUCCCCAAAGGAAGGAGUUUCACAGCAAUUACUUCAACUCAGAAGGAGAGUACACCAAAAACAUCUCUCCAAACAGCCGCUGCAAGUUUGAGUU